AUGGUUGGGCCUCUUCCAGUCAGUGCCGAAACAAAGGUUGAAAAGCUUGAUUACAUCUUCAAUGGUGGCAGCGGAGGCAAGAUCCCGUUCAACAGUCGCUAUUUCGAUGCUGCUCGUGUGGCAGCCACCGAACCGCUUUUGAUAUCCGUCAUGAGCAAUAUCUCUGAUAUCACGUCGGACCUUAUCGGUGGCGUGUACUAUGGUGCGACGGACAACCGAACGACUCUCACUUCAACCAGUGGCACACCUCUCUCAUUCGACGGUACCCAAUCUUUUCGCACAGUCAUGUUCAGGUAUCCCAAUACAGCAUCGUAUCUGACACCCUUGGACUUCUUUGUACUGCUAAACGUCACGGGAACGGACCCAUCGCAUUUCAAGCUGAGAGGCAUCGUAACCAACGAAAAGUUCUUCCCAACGGUCGCAGCGUUUCGGACUGCUUGGGAUGCAGGAGAGCUAAAGGAGCACUUCAAGCAGACCCGGACCCCAGAUUGGGCCCUACUCGACUACAAGCCUGAAUUCGGUGUUAGGGACCUAGAAGAUAGGUUGGCACCCCAAAGUCUUGAAAUCGGAGGCAAGCGUUACAAAGUCGACGAACAGGAAAAGUACAUUGAGUACAUGGGUUGGUCUUUCUACACAUCAUACUCUCGAACACUCGGACUUAUGUACUACGAUAUCAAUUUCAAAGGUGAGAGAGUCAUCUACGAGCUCUCACUACAAGAAGCAGCUGCUCAGUAUGCCGGUUUUACACCAAAGGCCGCUGGAACUGUCUAUCAUGACACAUAUUACAGCCUGGGCACUGACCUUGGCACCUUGGUGGAAGGAUACGAUUGUCCAUUCGGCAGCACUUUCUGGAACGUCACAUAUCACGAAGGCAACUCAUCAGUUGUGAACACUGAUGCGAUAUGCAUAUUCGAAGCAGACUCAGGAUAUCCAGUCUCACGCCAUCGAUUUGGAGACGGUAAUGAAUAUGGAUUUCGUUAUCUGGGGACCGUUAAAGCCUCGGCGCUUACCAUGCGAUCCGUUGCAACAGUCGGCAACUAUGACUACAUGUUUGACUAUUCUUUUCAUGUCGAUGGGUCUCUCGAAGUCACUGUCCGAGCCUCCGGAUUUCUUCAAUCUUCGUUCUAUUAUCCGGACCAGGAGGAGUUCGGGCCCCGAAUUCAAGAAGCCACCAUGGGGUCUCUACACGAUCACAUCUUGACCUACAAAGCUGAUUUCGACAUUCUUGACACCAAAAACAGUCUUGAAGUGAGUGAGCUUGUUUUGGUCAAUCAAACACAGCCGUGGUAUCCUGAGCUUGGUUCUUUUGAGCAAAUGCAGCUGCAGAAGUCCAUCAUGACGGACGAGUCGCAAUUCAACUGGCAGCCAAACAACGCAGCUAUGUACUGCAUCGUCAACCCCAAUGCAACGAACGCAUGGGGCGAGAAGCGUGGUUACCGAAUUGUUCCUGGCAAAUCCAACAUUCACCUCACACCUCUUAAUUCUCCCUGGACCAAGCACCAGAGUCCAUUUGCCAAAUCUCAUCUUGCCCUAUCACGGCACCACGACAAUGAGCCGUACGCAAACAGCCACGCCAACGUCAAUCUCCCUCUGAGGCCACAGCAGGACUUCCUCAAAUUCUUUGACGGCGAGAGCGUCGACAAUGAGGAUGUUGUACUCUGGUUCAACUUAGGCAUGCAUCACUUUACUAGGUCCGAAGAUAUCCCUGUGACGCUUUAUAGCGAAGCCGUUAGCAGUAUCGUCUUUGCCCCCCAAAACUUUAAUGACAGAGCCCAAGACGGCGAUUUGCUCAACAGAAGAUGGAUUGUCUACAAUGAAACCUCUGGGGACCUUUAUUUUGACUCGUACGGAGUCGAGAUACCUCCUCAAUGCCAAGUUGGUCUCCAAGAGCCCGUCUAUGGCAUCAAGAAAAACGAGGAGAUUUGA